AUGAUUUCGAAUCGUAUCAAAGUGGCAUCUCGCCACGUGAAGCGCGCCGGCGUCUUUGCGCACAACUCCUCCAAACUCCGAGGUCUUGCGACAGUAGCCCCCGUGACCUCCGCUUCCCGGAACCACAAGGUCGUCGUCGUUGGUGGCGGCAGCGCCGGUCUGACUAUCAGCCACCAGCUCCUUCGAACCGGCCGAUUUUCCCAGGACGACAUCGCCAUCGUCGACCCCGCGGAAUGGCACCACUAUCAGCCCGGAUGGACCCUCGUUGGUGGCGGGCUCAAGUCCAAGCAAGAGCUGCGAAGACCGUUGAAUAGCUUGAUCGACCCCAAGCUCAAGUUCUACCAACAAGCCGUCAGCACCUUUUCUCCCGGAGAGAACAGCAUCAAAUUGGGAAGUGGCGACAACCUCGUAUAUGAACACCUCGUCGUCGCCCCAGGCAUCAAAAUCGACUAUGGUAGCAUCAAAGGAUUGCCUGAGGCAUUGGCGGACCCGAACUCGCUUGUCUCUUCCAUCUAUGGUUAUGACACCUGCGACAAAGUCUUUGGUACUUUUGAGAAGCUCCAAAAGGGAAACGCCAUCUUCACCCAGCCAGCCGGCGCAAUCAAGUGUGCCGGGGCGCCCCAAAAGGUCAUGUGGCUGGCACUGGACUACUGGAAGCGUGUGGGACUGUACAACGCCAGCAACAAUGUUUCUUCGCCGAUCAAGAUCAGCUUCGCCACUGGAAUCCCGGCCAUGUUUGGCGUGCCCAAAUACAGCGCCAAGCUCGAGGAGUUAAGGAAGGAACGGGGUGUCGAGGGACUCUUCCAACACGAUCUCACUGCCGUCGAGGGCAACACCGCCACCUUCGCUCGGCCUGACGGAAAAGAGAGGGUUACCAAGCAGUUUGAUCUCUUGCACGUUGUUCCCAAGAUGGGGCCUCAUGCAUUCGUGAAGGACAGCCCACUCGCUGACGCUGCUGGUUUCGUUGAUGUCGACCAAGCCACAACUCGUCACACCAAGUAUGCCAAUGUUUGGUCCAGCGGUGAUGCUUCCAGCCUGCCCACAUCCAAGACGGCUGCAGCGAUCACGUCGCAGGCCCCCAUCUUGGUCAGCAACUUAUUGCGGUCGCUGGACGGGAAAGAGCCCGAACCAAAGUACGACGGCUACACCUCCUGCCCUCUCACGACCGAAUACGGCAAGGUAUUGCUGGCCGAGUUCAAGUACGGUGGCGUUCCUAAGGAGACCUUUGGAGACCUCAUCGGUUUCGACCAAGCAGUCCCCCGCCGUGCGUUCUACCACCUUAAGAAGGAAUUCUUCCCCUGGGUAUACUACAACUCCAUGGUGAAGGGCACUUGGGGCGGCCCGAACGGCUGGCUGAACUAG